CUGACACUUCAGCGUUACGAAUUACAAACUGUUGAUAAUUUGUUGACGGUUCACAGACAAGCUUUUACCUAUUUUGCAACUGAAAUAAAUAGAUUAAUUAAAAACUAAUACAACAAAAAUCGGGCGUAGCAUAUUAUAUCGUAUGAGCUGAAACUGAUAUAUUUGAGUAACCAAACCGUUAAAUAUAUUGUAAAAAAUAAUUUCAGAUUUGAACGACUUUUUAUUUGAUAAAAGAAUAAAAAUGGCAGAAUCAGUGCAAGAACGUAUAAUUCCAGCAAUGGAUACGCUUGUUAAAUAUGAUAAUCCAGUUUUGAUUACAAUUCGAACACAAAAGGCAACCAAAGACGCAGCUGCAACAAAAGUUGGGACUGCUGCUUGCAAAAUUCAAACCACACCACCGACAGCUGAUCUCCGCAGAGAAGCAGUUGAAAUAUUAAACGGAAUUUUACCUCCAAGAAAAUGGAAAGAAGAUGGUCAGACAUGGACGCAACAGGUUUCAAGUACUCCUGCAACCAGGCUUGAUGUUAUAAAUUUACAAGAACAGCUCGAUAUGAGGUUGCAGCAACGACAGGCGAGACAAACUGGAAUUUGUGCUAUGCGUCGAGAGUUAUACACUCAAUGUUUUGAUGAACUGAUUAGACAGGUUACUGUCAACUGCGCAGAACGAGGUUUGUUAUUACUGAGGGUUCGAGAUGAAAUCAAAAUCACGAUGACAGCUUAUCAAACACUUUACCAGAGCAGUAUUGCAUUUGGAAUGAGAAAAGCACUUCAAGCUGAACAAGGAAAAGAGGAUUUAAUAACUGCUGCUGUGGAAUUACGCGAGCAAAAAAUGGAAUUAGAAAAAACAGUAGCUGAGCUACGACAAAAAUUAGAACAAACAGAAAGGAGAGCAGCAGAGUUACGAGAAGCUGAAGAAAAGAAACAUAUGGAAGAGAUUCGGUUCUUGAAAAAAACAAAUCAACAAUUAAAGACUCAACUGGAAGGAAUCAUAGCACCAAAAAAGUAAAAUAAAUUAGAAACUACACAAAGGUUUGAAGAAAAUUAUUUUACAUACCACUAAGUUAUUAAAUAUCAACUAAAUUCACCCUUUAUUUUAUAA